AUGCGCGGAAACUAUCCCUACGGGCGUAGUGAAUUAGAAAAGUUGAUUAAAGACAAUCUAGCUGAUAGGGGAAUGGUUGUGCUAAAGAUGGCCUAUACCAAAAUCAAAUCAGAACCUCAAUUAAGGACAAGCCAUUCGUCUUAA